GAUUGGCCAGAACGGUGUGGACUUACCAACCAUUGUGUCACCAUCGUGACUGCGCCAGACGGCUGUUCUCACAUUCAUCAACAGUAUUUAAUCGAGGGCUCUCAUCCAAAAACCAGCAGCUGAUCAGUCUCUUCAGACCCUCGGUGCCAACUUCCGCCAAUCUUCACCAUGAAGGCUGUCCUGUGUCUCCUGGUUCUCGUGGCCUCUGCCUACGCUGCCCCUAGGGAGCUGAGCGAAGUUGAGAAGCGCGUCUUCCUAGAUAGUCUUGGCCUUAGUCAUCUCUUCGAUCUCACAACCCUGAAGUCCACCUUCUGCGGGGUUGUCGCUCUUGGCGGAAGUGCCGAUACCGAGACCCAGUGCGAGGGUCUGUGCCACCAGGUGCUGUCUGGAGAGACAGUCGCCGAGAACCUUCUGCACAGUGGCUGUCCUCUCCUCUGCAACUCUUUCCAGGCUUUGCUCCACCUCAUCCCCUGCAACUAAGCCAACGGUUCAGUUUGAACAUUGGACAUGUUAGACAUAAGAUGGCAAAUCACUUUUUGAGAUAAUAAACUUUUCUCAAUUAUAUAC